AUGGCAAGCAACGCACGCUACCCGCGGAGUAACGCCCGCCGACAAAGUGGAAAUGGAAACCGCGGAUGGAUGUGGCAGAACAAGCCCUCUAACAGCAGCAACAACGGCCGCGAUGACGAGGAAGACGAUUGCCCCCCUCGACCCAACAACAAUAAAACCUAUGUCUCGCUCAUUUCCGACGACGAAGACGAGGAGGAGGAGGACGGUAAGGCCGCUUCCCAGAAAAGAAACGUUAGUUACGUCGACACCCCCAACACUAGUCCAGCCACGAAGAGAAUUGCUUCCUCGUCUGUUUCCCGGACCGAUCGAACUCCCUUCGCUGCUGCCAGCGCUGCACUUCCUGCCAGUGGUUUUCGGACGCCUCCUGCCCCGUUUCACCAGAACGACACAGUUACCCAGCUGGCUGCACGGGUACAUGAGACGCAAGAUGAAAAUGAGAAGUUGAGGGUGAGGAUGGCUAAUUUCGGGAUGAUCACGGCGAAGAAGGAUGCAGAGAUAGCCUCGCUCCGCGCGAUCAUUGAAGAGAACCGGCAAACGGCCGCGAAGAAUUCUUCAACUGGUAUCGGGCCGGUCCAGCAAAAUGCCAACGGGCAGCAGCAAGCUUCGCAAGGACCAGCUAAGCCAUGCACCAGCUGCGGUGGUACCGAUACGCUCAAGCGAGAGGUCGCCGACUUCACAGUCAAUCUCGCCAAGGCGAGGAGCACUGUCGUCCACCAGCACGACGAGAUCAAGGAACUCAGGGAGGAAGUCAAGACUAACAAGGCAGCUCUCGUUGAGGAGCGUGCUGCGGUAGCCCAGCACAAGAUUAGUAUCGACCAGCUUACUCUCAACCUGGAGGCUGAGCAAGCGACCGUAAAGAAUCUCCACACGACCCUAGCCGAGAAUCAGGUUACCAUCGACAAUUUGAACCAGCAGCUCGCCGCACAGAGUCAGGAGCUUACCUCGAAAAAACAAGAGCUGGAUGCGCAGCGCCAAUGGUGCUCUACCCAGGGCACAGAGCUUUCUGAAGCCCGAGCUACCAUCGCGGAUCUCAAGAGCCAACUCGCCUACAAACAACACGAGCUGGAAGUCGCCCGAUCACAAUCGGAGGAAGACAAGACCUCCAUGGCUGAGCUCAACAUUGCCAUUGAAGACUUCAAAAAGCAAGUGGCUAACGGCCAGGCGUCCCUCGACAAUGCUCGCACCACCCUCUUUGUCAACGGCACAAUCAUGCAGGAUCUGAAAGACCAGGUCGUCGCUACCAGCGAGAGCGACAGCUCUGGAGGCGCAAACAAGGACAAGAACAAGCUUCCGGACCUUGAGGCAGAGUCACUGAGGGUCAGACUUAAAGACUCUGAGCACGAGAUUGAGACUCUGAAGCAACGGCUCGACAAGGCUGAGAAGGAGUGCGAGGGGUUCCGGACUAAUUACUACAAAGACCAGCAAGAAAAGAAGAAUUUUGGAAGUAAUCUCAGGUCUGUCUGGGAGAAGGAGGACGAGGCCAACGCACGCGUCGAAGGUUUGGAGGAGGAACUGGCUCGUCAACAGCGGCAACUUGUUGAGUCAGAGGCUGAGUUGAGACAGCAGCAAGAGAGGGCUGGUGAGUGUGAAGCGAGACUUGAACAACAGAGACAAGCCUUUGAUCAAGAAAAGGAAAUGAUGGAGACCGUGAUCGCGAGUCUCGAAGACGAGUUGACCCGCCUCAGGUCUGAAGCAGCACCCGAGAUGGAGACACUGAAAGCCACUCUCCAGAGCGUCAAUGAGCAGCUUUCUCGCGUUCAAUCAGAGAGAGACGAGGCUGUCAAAGAUGCGAAUGGGCACAGAGACAUGUACCAACGCCAGGCUGGCAAGCUUGAGUCGUCAAAAAAGGCAUCUGACAUGUCUCGCGCUUACGUCACAUCGCUCAAGAACCAACUCGCCACCAAGGGUGAGCAAAUCGCCCAUCUCGAAGAGAAAGUCAAGGAUCUCGAAGUUGAACUCGCCGCCUGCCAAAACUGGGCGAUUGAGGGCGAGGCGCAGAGGGUGCAAGCGCAGGAGGAGCUUCAGAGGCACAAGGCGCAGGAUGACAAGAAUCUGGAGACGAUCAAGCAGAAUGAGGCAACCAUUAUCCAGCUCGACACAGAAGUGGCUGGUCAGUCACAAACCAUACAGGCAAUGCAAGCUACCAUUGCCGAGCUCCAAGCCCAGCUACAUCCCGGCAAUAGACCCGGCAACCAAGCCGCUAUCCAAUCCCAUACCGCCCAUCUCGAGAGUCAGAUCCAGCAGAAAGAUAUGGAGUUGGCCUCAGCCAAGGAGCAACUCGACCGGCUCUUCAACCAAUACAACGACCUCACCCACGAGCGGGCGAAACUGGCGGAGAGUAACAAGACAUUGUGUACGCAUAUGAACAAGCUAGGCGCGGAAAGGGACCAGGCGUUGCAUACUCUCGAAGCAACCAAGGCCGCGCUGCUUCAGGCUGAAGACGACGCCGACUUUUUCAGAAGACGGGAGAAGGCCCUUGAGGAAGGGGACGACCCGGAAUUUGCGCACAUGGAGAGCGAAUGGGCGCCUAAACUUAGGGAUGCCAAGGCUCAACAUGAGGAGGCGUCCAGGGAGUUGGAGAGAUGUCGGCAGAAGGUUGAGGAGUUGCAGAUACAGUUACAGACUGUCUCUCGGCAAAAGAAUGAGACACUCCGGCAACUGGAAUCCAGCAGAGGGCAGUUGGCUAAGUUUCAGCUCACCGUGGAAGACCUGAACAGCCAGUUGUCCAAGGCAGCGGAGGGCUGCAUGGACCCAGCCGUGUUGUCCAACUUGAUGGAAGCGGGGAGCACGAUCGACCCAGUGGUCAAAGACAUGCUGCAAAAGGCCAGAGAGAUCCAGUCCGCUGGUGACAUCCCCAGAAAAGAUGGAAAUGGAGUUUCUUCCAUGUUUGUUGACCCUCUCCUUUGUCUCUUUGGUUUGUAUUUAUUCUUUGCUAACUUCCUCUGCUCCAGGGAACCCACUGCAGAUGUGGCCAUAGUCCUCCCCAUGGCCCUCCGAGCUGAGCCGUUUCCAGAUUGCAAACUCAAGUCUCUGAAGAAAGAAGGCCUCUACAAAAUGAUUAGAGACCUAGAAGCAGAGCACGAGAGGAUUGAUGACGCGAUCCGGGCUCUCAUCAUGCGUGUCAGGGCUGAAAAGAUCAAAACGGCGGCGCUGGAGAAGGAGGUGAGGGUGUGGAAGGCGAUCUCAACGACAAAGGACAUGCUGAUUGACCAAGCUACGGCGCGGCUUCUUGGUUCCCCUCAUGGAGCGGAGAUCAAGGAUCAUGCCGACUUUGGCUUCGACCUCGACUUUAACGAGCGGUCCCCAAAACCGGAACUCGACGUAGAAAUGAUAGACGUCAUGCCUCCUCGAAAGUCGUUGGUCAUGACAUUUGGCCCAACCCGGAAGGGGUACCAGUGCUGGAAGGGCGACGACCUCCCUGGCUACGAUCGUUUGGACGUCGAUGCCAGCAAACAGGACCGGCUCGGAUACUUGACCGGCAAGGGGAAAAGCAUCGUCAAGUACCUCGAAGAUCGUGGUUGCCCUCCGCAUCCAGAGGUUCCUGGUCCGUCUCCUGGCCCUAUAAUGGUCUCGGCUCCUCAUUCUGAGGCCAGCAUGGACAUUGACGACGAAGAAACCGGCUCGCGCUACACCGCCAGUGAAACAGCCUCCUCUCCGCUCCGACCAUUGGCACCUUCGUUGCGUUCGUCAAGCUCUCACCCCUCCCCAGCUUCGCUACCACCUGUGGAAUUGGGCGUUGCUCGCCGCGGUGGUGCUUCCUCCAUCCAUUAUGAGCCACCAAGCACCCCGAGCAGCACCCAAUCCUACACCAGCGCCGUGUACCCUGCCCCGACCUCCACUCCAUCCCAUCGAGGGUUUCCAAGAGGGAGAUACACCGCCAGCAGGUUCAGACCAUCCUCCGCUCCGGCGUUCGCCGAACCAAGCUAUCCUCCCCGUCGCACGUCUGCGCCCACUAGCACUCCUCAGAGUUGGGCUGCUGGUGAUUUUGUCGAGCAAGACGACAUCGAUAUGGAGGUCUUGGGGUCGGGCUUUACCAUGGAGAGUAUCGAACAGCCCGAGGAGCUAGAGCCAGAGCCUCCGACGGACAAGGGGAAAGGGAAGGAGAGGAGGGGGUCCGGAUCGGCAGAGGGGUAUGGGGUUGAUUAA